AUGGAGCCUCUUGGAACGAUUAGCGCUAUCAUUAGCAUCAUCGGGGCCGUCUCCGGCACCUACAACACGAUCGACGAGAUUCAAGGUCGUCCGAAGGCUUUUGAUGAAAUCAAAGAGAGUCUUCCCCUGGUCAAGCAGGUCCUCACAGAGGCCGAGCACGCAAAUCCGCAAGAUCUUGAAGGCAACGAAGAGACUAAGAAGACAGUCUCCAACGCUAUCCGAGAGUGCCACCGGGAGGCCAAGGUCCUCAAAACCGUCUUCGAAGAAUUCCAGAAAAAGUGCGAUGAAGACCGAGACCAGAACAAUACAUGGGGGAAGGCCCGGGCUUGGUAUCACGUAGCUACGCAAGGCAAGGAAGCCCGUCGUGUCGAGACUUUGAUGGAGGGGAUCUUGCAACGCCUUCAGGCUCUCGCCAUGGUGGAGGUCUUUGGAAUCAAGGGCCACAUGAGCGACAUCACAAACGCUUUGAAAACCCUUCAAGAUGCGGGUGAAACUCUGGAUGAGUCGGAAAUCAGAGCUGGCGCAAACCACGCCCGUCAGACGAACCAAUCCAGUACCACAGCCACACAAAACAACGUUUCUGGUGGCAGGCAAAACAACGGGAAUCACUCAGGAAACACCUACAACUCUACAGUGAAUAUUGCUUCGUGCCAAACUGCCAGAAUUGGUGUCCAGAUGGCUGCGUUUAACAGCCAAUCAAAGCCAUUCCAUUACAUGCCACAAGAGAAGAAUGCGAACUUUGUUGGUCGCGCGAAAACUCUUCAGAAAUUACAAGCUUGGAUCGAGAACAGCAAGGAACGCCCGAAAAACGUGGCCCUCUAUGGCUUGAGUGGUGUAGGGAAAACCGAAAUUGCAGCCAGCUUUGCCCAUUGGGUGAAAGAAACGAAGCCAGAAUACUCUGUGUUUUGGACUUCAGCUUCAAGCAAGGUCAAUUUUCAUAAUGCAUAUGAGAGCGUCGCCGACAGUGCUGGCCUUCCGGCGGGAGGGGAAACUGAUCGUAAACUGGACCUACGCUGGCAGCUGAUAUCGGGAAAUAUGAGUCCCUGGCUCCUUGUGGUCGACAACGCUGAUGGCUCUGAUAUUACCGAGAGCAUGCUGAAGGACGACGAUGACACAUACAGCGCCAAACACAUAUUCAAAGACGCCAGUGGGAAAAGUUAUCUUCCAAGCCAUGACAAUGGUGUCACACUGUUCACGACACAAUCGCGGGAUAUAGCUAGGUGGCUCUCGUCGGACAAUGAGGUCGAGGUACCCGCCAUGGAGGAGGGAGAUUCAAGACUUCUUUUCGAAAAGCUUCUUGACAAAAGGCUGCCGCGAGAAGCCGAUCGAACAGUCGGUAUUCUUCUCGAAAAGCUGACCUGCCUGCCUCUAGCCAUUGCCCAUGCCGCGGCCUAUAUAAAGAGAAACCAGAAGAAAGUCCCGGAAGGAAAUGAAAAACUCUUCAACGAAUACCUCAAUCUCAUGAACUACUCAGACGAACAAUUAAUCGAGCGCCUGAAUCCCAAGCUGGCAAUCGGGGGCAAGAUGAGGUCCGUCGUCGCUACUCUGACCAUAUCUUUGAAACGGCUCAACGCGAAUGCCGCCAAGUUACUCGAAUUCCUAUCCCUGGUUGAGCCAACAGGAAUACCACGGGCGAUGCUUCCAACAUUUGAAGGCGAAACUUGUCAAGAUAACGCCGUCGGAACGCUUCUUGGCUACGCCUUCAUUCAUAGCCGAAACAACGAGGGACGAGUCUUCGAUAUGCAUAGCCUUGUUCACCUUGUGGCGAGAGCCUGGAAUGAGUCAGACGAACGCAAGAGAUUGAUCCCAGAUACUGUUCGUUCUGCUGUAUCUACUGUAAUCAAAACUAUCCCAGGGCAUGGUGAACAGUUCUACUUCACUCAAAAAGGACGCGAGUACCUCCCACAUGCCUUGAGACUUCUCAAAGCGAGUGAAGAGUUCGGAUGCGACACUGAUGAGGUGCUGCAACUGGGUCGAUACGUCGGAUGUUUCUUUUAUAGAGACAGACGUUAUCAUGACGCUGCAAAUGUAUUGCGAUGGGUGUUGGACAUACAAGGGAAGCGAGGUGGGAAUGACUUGCAACUGAAGGGAAUGCUCGCAAAGUCCUAUGCAAGGUUGGGGGUAAAGGAAAGGGUUAUGGCGGUAGAAAUGGCGGAGCGCCAGGCUCAAGAAGAUGACCUCGAUGAAUUGGUUAGAACUUUAACGUGCGGACAGGCGGUCGUGGAUACAGAAAAGUUCACAUCGAAGAUUGAUCUUGGGACAGUCUACAAAUCCGUCGGUCGAAUGAAGGAUGCGCUGAAUGUCGCAGACGACAUUGCGAGUUGGUUGCAUUCACUCGACGUCGCAGAACACCCAUGGAUACGCAACUUCGUACCCUCACUUGCCGAGCUAUACAAGGGCGUGGGGCAACACACCAAAGCUAUCAAUAUACUCCACGGGAUCAUCGACGAGCAUCGAGAUGUUGCGCUAUGGGACGAGACGCAGCUUUUCGAUACGAAACUCACCCUUGGGUCUUCAUACACAGCUGCCGGUCAAUGCGAGAAGGCGAUUCUUACGUUGCGUCAGUUGCAGCAGACGACGAGCGCCGACAAGGAGGCAGAGAUCGAACAAACUCAUCGAACUAAGAUGGCACUUGCGAACGCUUACUGGCUCAAUGGGCAGGAGAAGGAGGCAGCCAAGCUCUAUGACGACCUUUCGGAGACAUUCGAGUCCAUUCCAGGUGUGGCAGAUCAGACUACUCACCUCGGUGUGAAAACCGUGGCCGGGAUGGUUGCUUGCUCCCAAAACAACUCUCCUAGAGGCAUCAACCUCCUUGAGGAAGCGGUGCACGCAAGGAAAAGUCUGGCACAAACGAAAGAAACUCCCAACGAGGAUGUUCCACUGUUGGUCAGCCAAUUGCUCCUAGCUUUGGCUCUUCUAGAUGAUGCGGCGCGUCAGCAAGAGGGAGUAAAGUUGAUAAAUCACGUGGCUGUGGGUUUGAAAAAAGUUCUUGGUGAAGAUGAUAACUUGGCAAGCUUCGCUUGGAAGACGGUGGCAGAGCUGAAGAGCCAAGGACGAGAUUAG